UCUAAUCAGCGAAAAGUCUGCUUACCUACCGGGGCUGUGGACACUACAACUGACACGUAAUCCUGUUGGUUUCUCUCCUGUGUUACACCAGUAAAUAAGUACGAGAUGUUGAAGUUAGUGUUCAUCCUGCAGCUGCUGUACGCCAGCACCAGCUCGGUAGGGCUGGAGGUGGUGUACGAGUGGUGGACAGAUAACAUGGAGUACGCGUUCCCGUCGCAGGAGUUCAGGAAUGAGAGCAUCGCGAACGGCACCUUUAUACCCGAAGAUUUUAAAAUCAACGGCCUGGCGCUGCACAAACACAGACUGUUUAUAACUCUACCCCGAGGAUUGAAAAAUUUCGUCACCGUAGCGUACAUAAACGUUAACGAUACCUCGACAAUGUCACCGAAGUUUAUGCCGUACCCAGGGUGGGAGUCCCACUUGCCCGACGAGAGGGGGGAACGACUGAUAGGUCAGGUGUUCAGAGCUCGCGUGGACUGCUGCGACCGACUAUGGCUGCUGGAGAAAGUCUCAGAAAACGAUGGUCGUCUUCGUAUCAUAGUCAUGGACUUGAACUCGGAUAAAAUAAUCAGAACUUACACUUUUCCAGCCGCUUUGCAUUUUGUACAGUUUUUUAAUUGGGUCGUCGUAGAAGAUGGCGAAUGCGAUAAUACAUUUGCGUACGUAAAUGAUUACUCGUCGGGCGGCUUCUGGACUUACUCCUGGGCGGAGGACGACUCGUGGCAUAUCGAUGGAUACGAAAAAAUCGGCGACAUGAUAUUGGCGCCGAAUGUUGACGACGCUUUCAGCACUUUAUAUUACCAAACUUAUUCAAAUCUUGAAGAAUAUUUCUUUGUUUCUACGAAACAUUUGAGGGACAAGCGCAAUGCAUCGUCUACGGUGCAUUUAUCCUAUAAGGAAUCAGAGGUCAUCUAUUUGCGUGCGUCCGCUUUCGAUCCUGCGACGAAUGUUUUGUACAAUAGGUAUCUAUCGUCGUAUAAGAAUUUACACUUACUACUCUGCUGGAACAAAAAAAAUGAGUGCCCUGUGAAAGGCAUAAGCAAAUUUACGAUGAAUGCGGUCAAUAAUACUGAGUUCGAGGAAGAUAUGGCAGUGGAUGGACAAGGUAACCUCUGGAUAGAAGCCAAAAGAGGACCGAAGACGGUUCUUUUAAAAUUCAGUUCCCCGAUUGAUGUUUGCCCUGGAGUAUAGCAGAACACA